GCAGGUGCCAGGCGGCUUGGGUUGGACUUCCUUGGCGACUUCCAUUUGACUGAGAGUCCAGAAGCCACCACCCCCAAGUCUUCCAGUCUCUAUUCGUACACUACGGAUACCUCCUCAAUUCCUUUUGCAACCUUACCUUACCUACUACCUUAGUUUACUGUGUCAAUGUGUACCUGGGCCUCUCUCUCUCUCUCUCUCAUUACCGAUGGCUCUGCCUCUUUCUUCUCUUGCAGGUUGCGUCUUGUGUGUCGGGUUGCAGCUCCACGAUACCACGGCCAAUCCAAUCCAUUCACCAACGCCAAUGCCAGUUCGGUCCCAGACUUUGCAGUCGUCCAUCAUCCACCCCCGGUGCACCGCACCACACGUUCAUGUUCACGCCCCAUGCUCUAUGCCCGGUCGGUCGAUUUGGCAACUUAUUGCAAGUUGCAGCAGCGUAUCUGUAUCCGUAUCAAGAGGAAGUUCUGUCUAGGUGUGUACGCAUACUAGGCCCAGGUGCAGCAGCAGC